AUGGAGAGGAGGGCUCGGAGCUCCUCCAGAGAGGCCCACGGGAGAGGCGGCAGGUCCCCCCACAAGGAGAACAAGAGGGCUAGGGCGGAGAGGGGCGGCGGAGGCCGUGGGCGCCGGGACGCAGGGCGCGAGCGGGCGGGGAGCCGGGGGGAGUCCCCCGCGCCCGCAGCCACCGUGGUGGACGUGGAUGAGGUCCGGGGCUCCGGUGAGGAGGGCACCGAGGUGGCGGCGCUGCUGGAGAGUGAGCGGCCCGAGGAAGGUACCAAGUCUUCAGGUUUAGGGGUCUGUGAGUGGUUCCUUGUCCUCAUAUCCCUGCUCUUCAUCAUUGCGACCUUCCCUUUUUCAAUCUGGUUCUGCAUAAAGGUAAAACAAGAGUAUGAGAGAAAAAAAAAAUUCCGACUGGGACAAAAAAAAAAAGGGAGAGCCAAAGGAAAAAAACUUUUCUUCUUUUUAAAAAAAAAAGAUACCUACCACAAAAAAAAAAAACGCCUCCAAACUUUAAAAAAAAAAUUUCAUGAGGUAAUGACCAAAGACAUGAAAAAAAAAAAGAUGGAUGCCAUCAAAAAAAAAAGAAUGGAAAAUGCCAAAAAAAAAAUAAGCAGUCUUGCUAAAAAAAAAAGAGCUGUCCAAUUUAAAAAAAAAACCACCAUGAAGCGUAAAAAAAAAAACCGAUCCCUCACUAAAAAAAAAAUAGAGAGGCUGAGAAGAAAAAAAAAAAUUCUGGCAGGCACAAAAAAAAAAGUUCAGCUGCGGUAAAAAAAAAAACUCCAAUCCCUGUCAAAAAAAAAACCUUCCACGGUAAAAAAAAAAGGGUCAUAA